AUGGUUCUCCCUCGCAAAGCUGUCAUCAGCGUCACCUCGGCCCAGGCCACGCUCUUCAACGGCAAGGAAACGACCGGUGUCUUCAUCAGCGAAGCUCUCCAUCCCUACCAUGUCCUGACCGCCGCCGGAUUCGAAGUUGACCUUGUCUCUGAGACCGGAACCUAUAUUGCCGACUGGCUUUCCCAGCAACCCGACUUCCUCAACGGCGACGAUCUCAAAACAUGGAACGACAAGACCAGCGAUUUCCGCAAGAAGAUGGACAACAUGCCCAAAGCCGCUGAUGUAGAUGGCUCUCAAUACGGAGUUUUCUUCGCCUCGGCCGGGCACGCCUCUUUGAUCGAUUACCCAAAGGCAAGGAAUUUGCAGAAGAUUGCUGAAGAGGUUUGGGCGAAUGGCGGUGUUCUCGGCUCUGUUUGUCAUGGUCCUGCCAUCUUUGCCAAUAUCCUUGACAAAGCGACUGGUGAACCUGUUAUUAAGGGAAAGAAACUUACUGGCUUUACUACUGAGGCGGAAUAUACUAUGCAAAUUAUGGAUGACCUUAAGAGCUGGAACUCUGAGCUUGUGGAGGAGCUUGCUGCGCGCCUCGGUGCUAAGUAUGAGCGCUCAGCCGGCAUUUGGGAUGAUUUCCAUGUUGUCGAUGGUCGCCUCGUUACCGGACAGAACCCUGCCAGUGCAACGUCAACUGCCAAGGCUGUUGUGGAAGUGUUCAACAAGCUUUAA